GACAUUUUAACCAGUGUUUAGCAGUUAGCAGUCAAAGAAGCGCAGUAGGAAUGUAAAUAAAUUUAAAUAUGAUGAUAAACUCACUUCUAAAUGAAAGUAAUAAGUUGAUACAUUUAAUAAUUUUUGGCUGUCUUAGUUGUUCAAUAUUGUAUAUUACUUACGUUACAUUUGAUAAUAAUGGUGCAAUUUCAAUAAUGUGUCAGUAGCAUAAAAUCAUAAUUCUGCUGAGGAAUACCGAUGCGUUCAACUAGAAAAUACGGGGGAUUUCAUGGCACACAUUUGAGGCAUCAAGCGGGCCGGAAUCGGCGAGAUGGGAAAUGUACAAUAGCAAAAUGCAUUGGGGUCCCGCUUUUUCUUUCCUUUUAUGUGGUGAUGGGUUUUGUGCCAGCUUUUAUUUUCGGUUUCAACGUGGGAACUAUUAUUUUCUCGAUUUUAUCCUUGUCAAUAUUGUUAAUUUCAGUGUUGUUGGACAUUCGCAUUUACAUUCAUAAUAAAUGUACGAAAAAUCCAACAUGUCUUGUAUUAAAUAGGAUCAAUUUGUGUUGCAAACGAGUAAACUCACUUUGUCCAACCCUAAGUUCAUCAAAAAACAGCGAAUUGCCAAAAUUACGAGCAAACGGAACUCGAACCAAUCCAUCUCCUAUUGGUAUCCUAACCCAAAUACGUGCUAUCUCAUAUCCGCCCCAGCCUUUUCAUACAGGUGCCGGGUCUUUGGAAUUGAAUCCGCGAAUUUGCAACAUAAAUGCUAUAAGUUCGGAAUCAACACAAGGAAAUGAACAUAUAAAUUCGAAAAAUGUGAUUACUGGCUUCGCCAAACCUAAACCAAGCAACGCAGAUGAAAAACAUUCAGACGAAAAAGUGAUUACAACAUCGAAUAGUAUUUGUACAAAUAAUGAUCCUUCUUCGUCGAGAAGUUCAUGCAGAAAUUUAAGUAGCAGUGAUAGCAACUGUCUUCCAUCGCAUAGCUCUAUCGAAUCGAGUGCCUCGAAUCUCAGCUUCGAUAAUACACCUUCAUACGACAACCUUGAACUUACUGAUGUCGUGUGUGUUGAUUCAGAAAUAUCGUCCAUCACAUUUCAACGCAAAUGGCUGGAACCUUCCUUGAGUUCUAACGAAGAUAUAUACACUGCCUCGUUUACACCUGCAGAUAUUGUCAGCGAACAUGAACAAAGCAUCACAUCUGAGACUAAUGAGUCAAGUCCGCCUCCCUACUCGUCUUUAGAAGACUGAAAUUAACAUAUGAAGAAAAAAUACUUAUUAACCUGACAACAAUCCUAAACAAAGUUUCAGCAAAGCUUUUAACUUCUUGUUUUCAGUAUGUGAAUAUUAAGACUGAAAUGUUAAUCACUCAAUACAUGUAUAAAAGUA